CAGAGCUAGAACACCAAUUACAAACCACAGGCUUCCUCCUCUAGGGAGUUGAUCCAGAAUUGUCUUUCUGGAAGGGAAGCACUCGAAUCUUUCCGAACUUUCCAAGCCCAUCCAUGAUUCAGAGACACUGCUUUCUCCCUCUGGGAUUUUCUGUGUUCCUGGUAGUGAAUUGUUGCUGAUGUAUUUGCUACUUUGCUCCUUUUCUCUCUCAAGAUUUGAUCAUUUUAUAUGCUGUUCGGGGAGAAAAAGAACUUUUGUUAGAAAGGAGAUUUCAGAAAUGAUUUUGGAUCCUUUAUAAGUGCUUUUAGAGUCUUGGGAACAGUAGCUCUAACCCUGGAGUAAAUGUUUGCCUUUGACCUGCAUGGAUUAUUUUUUCAGGCUGCGGAAUUUCUCGGCACCUACCUACAGUGUGGGGCACUUGGUUUGGUUGCAGUGUAAGAAGGUGGAAGAAUGAGCUGUACUUGGUUAAGCAGUUGAAACCUUUUUUGAGCAGGACCUAUAAAAGCAUAAUUGAAUUUGUUUCACCCCCGUGGAUUCCAGUGGGCCCGACAGCGCAACAGGUUUGCAGAUUUCUUUUGAAAUUCUUAUUUUUCUCCCUCUGCCUCAGCAAAAGAAAAGGAUCUAUGUAACAGGUUCAUGUUCAAUUGCUUGGCUUUUCAGCACUUUUUCUGAAGACUUUAUAAGACUUUUUAACUUGACCUCUGAACACGGCGGGCUUUAUGGUUGAAGUGCAUUUAUAUUUACUUAAGGGUGCACAUUUUAAUAUCUUAGAACUCAGAUUUUGUUUGUACAAAGACCCAAAUUCUCAAGUGUGCCUAGAAAUAGCACAGAUCUACUCUACUCAGGCUUAUUUAUACUUUUUCAGGGUGUUCUACUUAGAGCCUGUAGACUAAUCACCUCCCUACUCCCCCUAUCUUUUAUUCCCCGCCCCCUCAAGGAAUUUGAAAACGUGUUAGGAAUGGUCCUUUGUUUUACUUAUGAACCUAGAAAAUUACAGAUUAUAAAAUCUGGAUAAUAAAGUAGUUUCCAAAAUCAUCUCAUGGGAAAUCAAAGUACUUGGCAUUCUCAAGCAGGAGAAUAAAAGCCGGAAUCCCUAACAGAGAAAGGAAAAUAAAGAUAGAAAUAUCAAUUUUAACUGGGAAAAAUAAUUGGAAAGCUAAACUUCUCAAAUAUUCUUCAAAUUUUGAAAGUUGGAAAAAGCGGUGAUACUCAGGAUUAUCCUGUAAUAUGUGAAGACAUAUAAAUCAGCAUCUAAUUUAUAGACAAAUUUAGGUAGAACAUUAAAAAUGAUAGUAUAUUUAAGUUCAUGAAAAGUAUUAUAAAUUCAAUGGGUCUAGAACUUUGGCUACCCUAAAAUACAGUUUAAUGUGGAAACUUUUAUGAAUACGUGUUAUAGCAUCUUUGGACAUCCCUCACGGUGUGGCCUGAAAUAUAUUGUACCCUCUCCUUCUCCAUUAAAACAAAAAUCCUCCUAUGACCAUUGACAAGUUUUGUGGCUUAAAAAGGACCAUCUCUUCAUUUUCCGAGCUGGCGUGUUUCACUCUUACCUUCAGUGCAUGGCUUUAGUUGUUUACUUUGCCUUGUUUUGUUCAUUAACGUUGGAUUUAGUGGCUCAGCAACUUGAUGCAUAUGGAAGACCAGCACCAAGUGAUCUGACAUAAUAAAAAUUCAGGAUGUGACAUUCAACCUCAAGCAAAGUUGGAAAUCCCAAACAGAAGUGGUGAUAUCUUUACUAAUCAUAGUGAAGAUGGGAGAAAAUGACAUCCCUGCAGCAGAAGUGGGCUGAAAACACCUUCUUCUCUGCCAGAUCAGGAAUGCCACCUGUUCUUGGGAAUAUACUUUAGAGAAAGGAAGGGCCAAAACUACGACUUGGCUUUCAGAAACUGAAGCAUAAAUUCUCUUUUCCUCCAUAUUUGUCUGGAUCUGAGAACCUGCAUUUGGUAUUAGCUAGUGGAAGCAGUAUGUAUGGCCGAGGUGCAUUGCUGCAGCUGGUAGCAUGAGUGGUGGCCACCAGCUGCAGCUGGCUGCCCUCUGGCCCUGGCUGCUGAUGGCUACCCUGCAGGCAGGCUUUGGACGCACAGGACUGGUAUUGGCAGCAGCGGUGGAGUCUGAAAGAUCAGCAGAGCAGAAAGCUAUUAUCAGAGUGAUCCCCUUGAAAAUGGACCCCACAGGAAAACUGAAUCUCACUUUGGAAGGUGUUUUUGCUGGUGUUGCUGAAAUAACUCCAGCAGAAGGAAAAUUAAUGCAGUCCCACCCCCUGUACCUGUGCAAUGCCAGCGAUGACGACAAUCUGGAGCCUGGAUUCAUCAGCAUUGUCAAGCUGGAGAGUCCCCAACGGGCCCCCCGCCCCUGCCUGUCACUGGCCAGCAAGGCCCGGAUGGCAGGGGAGCGAGGAGCUAGCGCGGUCCUCUUUGACAUCACUGAGGAUCGAGCUGCUGCUGAGCAGCUACAGCAACCCCUGGGGCUGACUUGGCCAGUGGUGUUAAUCUGGGGUAAAGAUGCCGAGAAGCUGAUGGAGUUUGUGUACAAGAACCGAAAGGCUCAUGUUAGGAUUGAGCUGAAGGAGCCCCCAACCUGGCCAGAUUAUGAUGUGUGGAUCCUCCUGACGGUGGUGGGCACCAUCUUUGUGGUCAUCCUGGCUUCAGUGCUGCGCAUCCGAUGCCGCCCCCACCACAACAGGCCGGAUCCCCUUCAACAGCGAACAGCCUGGGCCAUCAGCCAGCUGGCCACCAGGAGGUACCAGGCCAGCUGCAGGAGGGCCCGGGCUGAGUGGCCGGACUCAAGUAGCAGCUGUAGCUCAGCCCCUGUGUGUGCCAUUUGCCUGGAGGAGUUCUCUGAGGGCCAGGAGCUACGGGUCAUUUCUUGCCUCCAUGAGUUCCAUCGUGUGUGUGUGGACCCCUGGCUACAUCAGCAUCGGACUUGCCCUCUCUGCAUGUUCAACAUCGUAGAGGGUGAUUCGUUUUCCCAGUCUCUGGGACACUCUCGAUCUUAUCAGGAACCAGGCCGGAGACUCCACCUCAUUCGCCAGCAUCCCGGCCAUGCCCACUACCACCUACCUGCUGCAUACCUGUUGGGCCCUUCCCGGAGUGCAGUGGCUCGGCCCCCGCAAUCUGGUCCCUUCCCAACCUCGCAGGAGCCAGGCACAGGCCCCCGGCACCACCGUCUCCCCAGAGCCGCACAUCCUCGGGCUCCGGGUGAGCAGCAGCGCCUGGCGGUGGCCCAGCAUCCCUACGCGCAGGGCUGGGGGAUAGGCCGUCUCCGAUGCACCUCGCAGCACCUCUCCGCUUGCCCAGCACCCCCACGCCGGGCCAGGCCUCACGACAGCAGCGGUUCUGGAGAAAGCUACCGCACGGAACGCAGUGGCUACAUGGCAGAUGGGCCAGCCAGUGACUCCAGUUCGGGGCCCUGUCACGGCUCUUCAAGUGACUCAGUGGUCAACUGCACAGACAUCAGUCUGCAGGGCAUCCAUGGCAGCAGUUCUACCUUCCGCAGCUCCCUGAGCAGUGACUUUGACCCCUUGGUGUACUGCAGCCCUGAAGGGGAGCCCCGGGGGGAGGAGACCCAGCCUAGUGUGACCUCUCGGCCCCGUUCUUUGGACUCAGUGGUACCCACAGGAGAAACCCAGGUUUCCAGCCACGUCCACUACCACCGGCACCGGCACCACCACUACAAAAAACGCUUCCAGUGGCAUGGCCGGAAGCCUGGCCCAGAAACUGGGUUGCCCCAGUCCAGGCCUGCCAUUCCUCGGACACAGCCCCAACCAGAGCCGCCUUCCCCUGAUCAGCAAGCUGCCAGAUCCAACCCAGCUGCCCCUUCAGGACAGCUCCCCAAUCCACAACGGCCCAAGGCCCUCAUCGAAGCAGCCCCAGGCCCAGCUGAUGCCUCCAGCCCCAGUCCCAGCAGCCUCUUCCACUUGCAGAAAUCCAGCCUCCCUGUUCGACAUCCACAGAGGAAAAGGCGAGGGUGCCUCUCAGAGCCCACCUCAGCCUCUCGGCCCCAGGACUUGACUGCACACCCAACUUGCCAGGUUUUCCCCCAUUAUGCUACCAGCUUGGCAUACCCUUGGUCCCCAGAGGCCCAUCCAUUGAUCUUUGGACCUCCAGGCCUGGAGAGGAGGCUGCUACCAGAAACCCCAGGCCCUUGUUACCCAAGUUCACAGCCAGUGUGGUUGUGUCUGACUCCACGCCAGUCCCUGGAACCACACCCACCUGGGGAAGGGCCUUGUGAAUGGAGGUGUGGCACCCUGGAGGGCAGGUCAUGCCCUUACCCACACUGCCAGGUGCCGCCAGCCCAGCCUGGCUCGGAGGAGGAGGAGCUUGAGGAGCUGUGCGAACAGGCUGUGUGA